CCGAUUUCCGCAUUUUCAGGUACAUGCAUGAGGCGUUCGAGUUCUACGAGGACACGCUGUCGAAUCGCUACCCGUACUCGUGCUACAAGCAAGUGUUUGUGGAUGAGGCCUAUGAGGACUAUCACUCCUACGCGACAAUGACGAUUUUGAGCGUGAAUCUGCUGCAUUCGGCCGUGGUGAUCGAUCAGGUGUACCUGACGCGCAAAGCGAUGGGCCAGGCGGUGGCCGAACAGUUCUUCGGCUGUUUCAUUUCGAUGCAAAACUGGUCGGAUCUGUGGCUGAACAAGGGCAUCAGCCAGUACCUGUGCGGGCUGUACUGCAAGAAGAGUUUCGGCAACAACGAGUAUCGCGACAUGAUCCAUGGCAUGCUGCAGGACGUGGUUAAGUACGAGGAAGAGUAUGGAGGGAUUAUAUUGGAUCCGAGCCAACCGCCGGCGCCGAUGCCGCUGGGCGCGAAUCCGCCGCAGGCCAAUCAGAGCAAGAACGAGGAGAAGUUCUACUUUUCGAUUCGCAGCCUGCACACGAUGUCGUCGAUGUACAUCGAGGCGCUGCACAAGAAGGCCAUGCUGGUGAUGCGCAUGCUGGAGCACCGGAUUGGACUCGAGUUGCUGCUGCAGGUGAGUGGAAUUUUGCGCUAGCGCGCUUCAGGUUGG